AUGGUGGAGGAGCCGGAGCCGGAGCCGGACACGCGGACGGUGGGCUACUUCCCGGGCGGCGCGGCCCCGCACCAGUGGCAGCUGCCCGCCAGCUGGAAGCGGCCCGGCCUGUACCAGCUCACGUACGGCCUGCACUUCAAUAUGUCGCUGAGCGCCUCGCUGACCGUCGUCCCCAUGGGCAACGUGACGGUGGUGCACGCUGUGCCGGCCGGCGGCGCGCCCAUACUAACGGUGAGCCUGCGGCCGCGUGACUACAUCGCCACCACGGAGUCGGUCGACACGGCCGACCGGUUCCAGAACCUGCGACAGCUCUCCAACGUGUUUAAGAACAACGUGACGGUGCCACUGCUGGUGCACUUCCAGCGCUCGGUCGGACUGGUGUCCCAGCACGAGUGGCGCGCGCUUCCGCUCGAGCUGCAAUUGGACAUCCUGCGGCGGCUGCCUGUACGCGACGUGCUGCGCAUGCGGUCCACGAGCCGUGAAAUGCGCUGCCGCGCGGACGACCCCCUGCUCUGGAAGGACCUGGUGUUCCGCGACUUUCCGGCGGCUAGCGCUUCGCUGAGGAGCGUCGAGCCGUGCGCCGACUGGAAACAGCUGUACGCACAGCUGUUCCGUCACCGGGCGGCCGAGCGGGAGGCGGAGCCGGUGGGCGUGCCGCUGGCGCUCCCCAGCCAGCCGUGGUUCGACCCGCCGCCGCUGGCGCCGCCCAUCGCCGGCAUCAUCGGCGGCGAAUACGAUCGGUUGCCGAGCCUGGGCUUCAACCCGCCGCUGGCGCUGCCGCGGACGCGGCUCGGCAGCCUGCUGCCCGCUGGCCGACGUCGCUUUGGCAGCCAGGUGGCGGCGCCCACCAUACCCGGCGGCAUGCACUUCUUCUGAGGCGGAACCCGGCGGCCUGCGAAACGGCCAACUGGCCUGUCUGUCGUGUUUCCUAGCGAAGCGAUUGAUAGUCGUGUGGUGUCAUUGAAGAUAAAUUAUGGCUUUUAUCUAGUUUUGUUUUAAUUGCACUUGCGCCCGCCACUUCGAAAUAGGCUACAUUGGCCGUUGGUUGGUCGCGUGCAAAUGGUGAGACUGCGUCAAUGUCUACUAAAUUUUUACUGUUGUUGGACCGCGCGUUUUGUGGUGCAUUAAGCCAGUACAGAUAUGGAAACGAGCCACAUGACGUCAAAGCAAGCUGGCAGCGGCAGUGGCAUGGCACGAAUGGGUUAUGAUGGUAUCGGAACUAAAUUAUAAAUACGUAUGCUAUGACGUUGCGUUUCUUU